AUGUCUCUGAAAACAGUCCUGUCUCGGUCCUUGUGGGUGUGGAGCCAGGGCGGUUCUGUGCUGAGGUCCACACGGGAAAGAACACUGUCUACAUGCUGCGGAGAGAAACACGGCUGUGGCAUAACAAAGGCUCAAAGUUGUGAUUCCAGCGCCUGUCCAGCGGUCGAACCCCAGCCCAGAGCCCCGAGUGGAGUCAACAAGAAGCCCGACGAACCCGUAGGAGCCCCGGGGGUGAGCGGAGUGAGGGGCCGAUCUUACUUCACCAAUGCUGCACCGACUGACCAGAAGAGCCUGUUGUGGGCCAAGUACCACGAUAUGAAGCGCCUGGUGCACGAGCUGAUUCCACCAGGAGCGUGCAGCGUUCUCAACCCCUCUGCUAUUUACUCCAACAAUGAAGUGAGCCUGGCGGAGGUGGACAUCUAUGGCUUUGAUUACGACUACACGUUGGCCCUGUAUUCAAACGCGCUGCACACCAUGAUCUACAACGCGGCUCGAGGCUUUCUUAUUGACCACUUCAAGUAUCCUCAAGGCAUCUACAAAUACGACUACAUUCCCAACUUUGCCGCCAGAGGUCUUCACUAUGACAUACAAAAGGGGCUUUUUAUGAAAAUUGAUGCAUUUCACUACAUUCAACCGGGAACAGUUUACAGAGGACUGAGCCCAGUCCCUGAUGAGGAAGUGCUGCAGCUGUACGGAGGCACGUUUCACAUUCCUCUGGAGCAGGACAGUGGCUUCUAUGGCAAGGGGCCUAAAGUAAAGCAGUUCAUGGACAUUUUCUCCAUCCCAGAGAUGACCCUCUUAGCUGCAGCCAACGAUUUCUUCAUCACCAACGAAAUAGACUACGAUCCCGUUCACCUCUUCAAAGACGUGACGGAGGCCGUGGGCAUGGUUCACCUCAAAGGAUACAUGUACAAGUGGAUCAUGCAGGACCUGGAUAAAUACAUUCUCAGAGGAGAGGAAACUGAAGCCGUUUUGAACAAACUGGUCGAUCACGGGAAGAAGCUCUUCCUAAUCACUAACAGUCCAUUUGCAUUUGUAGACAAGGGCAUGACACACAUGGUUGGGAAAGACUGGAGGGACUUCUUCGACGUCGUUAUAGUACAAGCCGACAAGCCGCAUUUCUUCACGGACUGUAUCAAACCUUUCCGCCGCCAGGACAAUGAUGGUGCUCUUCGAUGGGAUAAAAUAAAGAGCCUGGAGAAGGGAGAGAUCUACAAACAGGGGAACUUGUUUGACUUUCUCAGACUGACCGGAUGGCGAGGGUCCAAGGUCCUGUACUUUGGAGACCAUCUGUACAGCGACUUGGCUGACUUGACUCUCCGUCACGGCUGGAGAACAGGGGCCAUCGUCCCGGAGCUGGAGCAGGAGACCAGGAUAGUGAGCACGAGUCAGUACUCCACCACCCUGACCUGGAUGCAGGCGCUGACCGGCCUGCUGGAGCGCAUGCAGACAAAUCAGGAUCCUGGAGCGAGAGAGGUUUUACAGGAGUGGCAGCAGGAGAGGGAAGAACUCAGGCUGAUGACCAAGAACCUCUUCAACCCUCACUUUGGCAGCAUCUUCAGAACGUGUCACAACCCCACCUACUUUUCCCGGAGGCUGUGUCGCUUCUCAGACCUGUACAUGGCCUCAAUCAGCUGCCUGUUGAACUAUGACGUCUCCUACACCUUCUACCCGCGCCGGACGCCCCUGCAGCACGAGGCCCCCCUGUGGAUGGACCAGCUGUGCACGGGCUGCAGGAAGACCCCGCACCUGGAGGAGAUGGCCCAGAUCCGAUAG